GAUCAAGCUAUGAAGCUGCAGCAACCACUGCCAUAGCAGCAACGAUCUAUAAAGCUGCAGCAACCACAGCCGCAGCAGCAACGAUCUAUGAAGCCACAACUGCAGCAGAAUCGAGGUAUGCCAAAGCAGAAUCGAGAUAUUUCAGAGCGGCAAGAUCAGAGUAUCGAAGUCCUAUCUGA